GUUCGUAUCCUGUUCCGUGUUUCCCUUGCCGAAGCGUCGCGACGCUUAGCGCGACGCUCCACGCGACCUUCCGCCGCGACGCUGCGCUUUCACUUGUUUUCCCUCGCCAGUCCCGAUUUCACUGCCAUCCCUGACGUUUUUAUCCUCGGUUUUCUUCCACGUUGAUACACUGUGAAUAAAGAUAGGGUGAAGAAUAUCGAUACGAACAAAUGGUAAAUAAGAGUCGAGGUUAAUCAUUCUGAGUUGACGUUUCGUACUAUAAGUAUUUCGGAUUGAUAAUUAUCUAUAUAUAAAAGGUGAUACAGGUUGGUGCUUUUUGUCAGUGAGCUUUUGAGGGCGGUGUGAAAUAAGAUUUUAUUUAAAGGACCAAUCAUCUUGAAACAGAAUCUUAUAAAAAUGAACAACGAUCUUCCUGAAACAGGUGCCGUGCCAGAUAGGUUACAGCUCCCGGAUAGUCCGGGCCAAGCCACUGGCAGCUCCAUUGUGUUCGAAGCUUCCACACAAACUCCUACCUCGGAGGGGCUCGAUUCGCCCCUCUUUACCAACAAAGGCUAUUGUUUAAAGACCACUGGGCAUAGCGCCCAAGCGUUAGGUAAUAUUCAAAGGAUGCGUCUACAUGGGCAGUUGUGCGAUGUAGUAUUAAAAAUAGGAAUAGAAAAAUUUAGAGCUCACAAAGUCAUCCUAGCAUCAGUUAGCUCUUACUUUUUCGCUAUGUUUAAUGGCGAAAUGAAGGAACACAAUCAAAAUGAAAUCGCCCUUCAUGACAUGGACGCCACUGCCGUAGAUUUACUCUUAGAUUAUGCCUAUACCGGUCAAAUUACUAUAACAGCAGAUAAUGUACAGGUUUUACUUCCAGCAAGUAGUUUGCUUCAAAUGCCGGAAGUACGAGAAGCGUGCUGUAGAUUUUUACUAAGACAAUUACAUCCUACUAAUUGUUUAGGAAUUAGAAGUUUUGCAGACACCCAUUCCUGCAAGGAACUCCAUUUAAAAUCUCAUGUUUAUGCUCUUCAGAAUUUUCAGCAAGUAGUUGGUACUGAGGAAUUUUUGUUGCUUCCAUUUGAAGAGGUUAAGGAAUUGAUAUCUAACAGUCAAUUAAAUAUUUCAUCAGAAGAAGAUGUUUUUACUUCAGUUUUAAAUUGGAUUAAACAUGAUCUAAUAGAAAGAGAAAAAUACAUAUCGGAGUUGAUGAUACACGUAAGGCUGCCAUUGGUGAACAGAGAAUUUUUAAUGACACGAGUAGACAACGAACAACUAAUAAGAGAUAACAGUGAAUGUCGCGAACUACUCUUGGAGGCCAUGAGGUAUCAUUUGGCACCCGAAAGGAGAUGUGCUCUUUCUACAACAAGAACUAUGGAAAGAAGGCCCAAAGGAGCAAAUCCAUAUAUAUUUGCCAUAGGUGGUGGUUCAUUAUUUGCAAUACACUCAGAAUGCGAAGUUUAUAAUCCAAAAACUGACAUGUGGAGUAUGAUAGCUCCAAUGCAGUGGAGACGAUCGAGAUCUGGAGUAACCGGACUUCGUAGAUUGCUAUAUGUUGUGGGCGGAUAUGAUGGAGCAUCAGAUUUAUCAACUGCAGAAUGUUAUAAUCCACUAACAAAUAUUUGGACUCCUAUCACUCCUAUGGGUACCAAGAGAUCGUGUCUUGGAGUUUGCUCAUUCGAUGGUCUUGUAUACGCUUGUGGAGGAUACGAUGGAGCUUCUUGUCUCAGCUCCAUGGAAAGAUUCGAUCCAUUGACUGGAGUGUGGUGUAGUUGUCCAGCUAUGAACACUCGUAGAAGAUAUUGUAGGGUAUCCGUUAUAGAGAAUUGCAUUUAUGCUUUAGGAGGCUUUGAUUCGACUAAUUAUCAAGCAUCUGUUGAAAGAUUUGAUCCAAGAGAAGGUAAAUGGCAAUCAAUUCCAUCAAUGUCGUCAAAGAGAUCUAGUUGUGGUGUAGCAGCUUUAGAUGGAUAUUUAUAUUGUGUUGGAGGAAAUGAUGGAACCAUGUGUAUGAAUAGCGGCGAGCGCCUUAACAUAAGAAGAAUGGCAUGGGAACCCAUUUCGGCUAUGCAUAAUCGAAGAGCAACUCACGAAAUAGUUUCUGUCAACGAAUUUCUAUAUGCACUGGGUGGUACAGAUGGAAGUUCCAGUUUGAACUCUGUAGAACAAUACGAUCCCAGGUCAAACAAAUGGCUUUUGGUCAAAUGUAUGGCCUCUAGGAGAAGUUCUAUUGGUGCAGCUAUGCUAGACUGUAUUAAUAUAGAACACGUUUUAAGGCAAACAAGAAUAAAUAGUUGACUUUCUAAUUAAAAUCUGGAAUGGGUCAAUGGAUAUUUCUGAACGUAGUUCUUCUGGGAGUAUUCUACUGAAAUCAAGCAAUUAAAAAUAAAAAUAUAUGUUUUAUAAGGAUGAUUUUGUUCAAAAUCUGUUGAAAAUAAACCGCAAUUUCUCAGCUGCUUCUAUCAUAAAUACAAGUUAUUUUAUUUAUUUUUAUAAAGUAAAUCAUAGAGACAUCAACCAUAUAAAACUCCUUUAAUAGAUAAUUAUAGUAUAUAUAAUUAUACCGUAUUAUCGAAAAAGAACGGCUUAGCGAUGUUUAUG